GCGGAUCCUUGGCGCUGCGCGGCUGUGGGUCUUCCACAAUGGUCAAAGGGCAGAGAUGGAAAGUUCUGGGAGGUGCUGAUGGCAUCAUCGCCCGGGAGGGCGCGGAGGAGUACUCGCGCAUGCUGCCUGAGGUACUGCCGACGGGAGCUGUCGUCGAGGAGCAGGAAAUCAAAGGGAAUCGCCUUCGUUUCAUUCGGCUGUCGGGGCGCGGUCCCUACACGGGCUGGGUGGAUGUGAAGGAUGGCAAGACGGAUCUCCUCAUGAAGGUGGAAAAGAAGACGGCCAGCCUGGCUGUGCCCACCGCGGUGGAGGAUGACCUGGAUGGCACCAGCAAGCGCAAGAAGGGCGAACAGAAAUAUCGGUCUGCGGCGCCUGACGCACACCUUGGUGGCCUCCCCUUCGAGGCGUCCAAGGACAAGCCCGCGCGCCCGGGACGUUUCUGGAAGGUCGUUGGAGCAGCUCGCGAUGGUUUGAAAGUGUGGCAAGGCGUCUCAGAGAACAGCCAGAUCUUCCCUGGGACGCUACCACAAGGGGCCGUGGUGGAAGAGGUCCAAGUGGUUGGAAACAGGCUCAGCUUCACGGAUUUCUCCAUGCGCGGACCUCCGAGCGGCUGGGUGAAUCUGCGGGAGAACGGCCGGGACAUGCUGGUCAUCGACACCGAAGGCCUCUCCACGUUGAACAUCGCCGAAGCGUUGAGAGAAAGUGCUGGGAUGAAUUUCGUUCCUCCCGCCAAUGUGGAGCCGCCCUUGUCUGGCUGGGCCAAGCUUUCUGAGAUGUAUCAGAAGCCCGAAGGAAAAAUGGACGUAGCAGCUGCUGCCGCAGAAACCGACGACAGCAAGAAACGACGGAAGAGGCGAACGGUCGCUGCAAAGGAGAUGCCGAAGCUGGAAGAAUUGGCCCAUGCCACGGAGGAAACCCUGGUGGAUGUCUUAGGCUUCCCAGAGCAGGAAGCAAAGCACUUUGCCAUGCUCAAUGAUGAAAGCAAGCAGCGUGUGAUCACCGAGUGCCGCGCCUUGAUCGACAUGUCACCCUUGGAACGGCAGGAGGCCUUCGAAAAGCUGCGCAAAGCCUGGCCGCAAGGACCCUUCCCAAGCUUCGCCAAGCCUACGGAGAAUCUUCCACCUGUCAGUAACAACUUGCUUCCCAAGGGCACCUGCUUCCCCUUGAAGCGCCCCAGCACGAAGACCCCGGCCGUUGGCCAACCUCUGGCCUCCGCCUUAGAUGGCAAGCCGGGUUUCUUUGCACCGGAGACCAUGAAAAAUGUGCUGGAACAAAAGAAAGCCCUUCAAAGCCUGGUGCCCAAGAGCUCUCCGUCCGACGGGUCACAAGAAGUGGCUGCAGAUCCCUCAGUGGCCACGAUGGACCUCUGCCGCCUUCCAACGACCAAAGCGGAGCCGGAGAAGCUGUCGAAGACAGUGAUCAUGAAAGGCAAGGUGAGUGCGGUGGACGUGUCCAUUUACCUCGCUUCUGAGAUGAAGACCCGUCCCAUCGUCCUGGACUCGGGCUGUGGCGCCAAGCUGCUCUCGGGGAAGCUCAGCGAAGCCGACUACCGCGGCGAACGCGCCAAGGUGCUGAGGGACUCGGCACCGCAGAUGGGCAACGUGGAUCUGCUGAGUUUGUCCAAACCAAGCUUCGUGAGUGACACCCACAAGGACUACUUCAAGGCUGGGGUGGACAUUUGCUGCACCAACACCUUGAAGGCAAAUGCCUUUGGUCAGAAGGACUUCAAGACCGGAAAGUUUGUGACUGAGAUGAACAAAGCAGCAGCACAGUUGGCCAAGCGUGCGGCGGCGGAGGUGACGAAACAGGAAGUCAAGAAGCCACGCUUCGUCGCUGGAUUGGUGGGGCCAUGUGAAGUGCGCACAAACUUCGAUGAAAUGGUGGAGGCCUACACUGAGCAAAUCAAAGGCUUAGCAGAAGGAGGAGUCGACCUGCUGGCCCUCGAGAUGCACGAGGCGCGCUCGGCCAAGGCGGCCUUGUGCGCGGCCAGCGAGGUCUACCGGCAGAUGAAGCAACGGGUACCGCCGCUGAUCAUCCACGCAGUCAUCGAUCCCGCCACCGGCCGCACCAUGGGGGGUCAAACCGCGGACGCCUUCUACAUCAGCGUGAAGCAUGCGCGGCCACUGGCCGUGGGCGUGGUGGGUAGCAAGGUGUCCACCAGCUAUAGCCAGUUGCUGCAGCAGUGCGGCUGCUUCAGCAGCAUGAAAUCAGGUCCAGAAGCUCUCCAAGCCAUGAAGGAACUGCCCAACUUUGUGGGCCUGGGCCCUGGUGGCCUGCCAUCGAACUUCAGCGCGCUGGGUGGAUUGCAACGGGCCACCCGCGCGCUGCCGGAGGUCAAGAGCAAGUUGAUGCUUUCCGGCCUUGAAAGCCAUGUGGUGGAGAGCUUCACCCUCAUAGGACAGCGUGGAAGCACACGAGCCUUUGGUGCCUUUGGCGCCGAUUGGGGUGGAAUGGCGGUGGACGGGGAUAUUCUGGAAUGGUCCCCAAAUGAUGAGCAUCUCUUUCAGAUGGCUUGCAACAUGUUGGCUCCGCCGGUGGGGUUUGCCCGGCUUGGAACAAGGUCUAAAGCCCUGGAUCUUUGCGCCGCAGACAGCGACAACGGCGCUGACAUCUUGGAUAUUUGCGUGGAUGGAGUGGCCAAUGACGGCAGCAACCGUGGCAGCAAAGUGCUGAUGACCAAAUUUACCACCCUUUGCGACGCUGAUCCUCGCGUGGCGAAAUCUCCCAUGAUGAUCUGUUCGUCGGACUGGAAGGUGGUGAAGGAAGGUCUCGGCAAUCUGCAGGGCCGCUGCAUCGUCAACGCCAUUUGCUUGAUGGUGGGUGAAGAUGAAUUCCUACAACUGGCCAAGGAGACCAUGAAGUACGGGGCAGCACUGGUUGUGAUGGCCAUUGGUGAGCAGGGCCGUGCUGUUACAGCCAAGGACAAAGUAGCCUUACUUCAGAGAAGCUAUCGUUUGCUCAGGCAGAAACUGGACUUCCCUGCGGAAGACAUCAUUUUGGAUUGCCAUCUCCAGACCUUGCGGCACGAUGAACAUCCCAUGGAGGUGAUCUCUGCCAUGGGCGACCUCAAACGGCUCUGUCCUUGUGCGCAGCUGACGGUGGGCUUGAGCAAUCUCAGCGCCGCCUUCGGGCGCCUGGGGAAGUUGCGGGAGGCGCUACACAGCACCUUCCUACAACACGCCGUGCCCAAAGGUCUCAACAUGGCCUUGGCACCUGCGGGGCGCUUGCCACUCUAUGGGGACUUGGAACAAGAAACGCGUCAGCUCUGUGAAGACGUGAUCCUCAACAGCCAAAAGGAUCAGACCGCGCUGAAGCGCUUCAUGGCCUUCCUGAACUUCCGCAGUGGCAAUACGGUGUGCCUUCCACUGCAAGCGGCAGAUGCUCAUGAUGCCGGUGCCUGGUGGACCCUGCCGGAAUGCAAAGCGGCGGGCAAAGAGGCACAAAAGCAAUACCUGGAGAAGCGAGGCCCAAUGCCAACAGCCGCACAACAGAAGGCCUACUGGAGCGCCCUGAAGCCCGCCCGCCUCUCGGGCGGCAAAGAGGUGCCACCCGAGGCGGGCUGCGAACGGCCCAAGCCCUGCCGGGUCUCCGCUUCCGGCGCAGCGCAACAGGUGAUGAGUGCCUUGCAGAGUGGUACAGCGAUCCCCUACACCACCCUACUGGGGCAGCUCAACACCAUGUUAAGUGUCUUGGCAGGUCUUGGGCGGUGCCGCAAAGUGCUGGUGACCGAUGGCCCCAUGGGGCCCUCAGACCAGCUGGCAGGGCAAGACGAAGCGGCCUUCCGCGGGCAGAAUCGAUUCCCAGCCACGGCAAAGAAUAACCUGGAUCUCCUGUCCAUCACCAAGCCGGAUUUGGUGCUGAAUGCACAUCGCGCAUUGCUGAAAGCAGGUGCAGACAUCAUCAGGACAAACACGCGCAACGGUGAUGGCUUAUGUCAAGCUUUCUAUGGCACAGAGGAUGCCACCUAUGAACUCAACAAAGCCGCUGCGACCUUGGCCAAACAGGCCGUGACCGAGGCAGUGGCUGCCGCAUCGAGUUCCAUGAAGUUCGUGGCCGGAGUCAUCGGUCCCUCCACCGGCAGCCUGUCGUCACCGAAGACGAAAACCACGUGGGAUCAGAUGGUGAAUGGCUAUCGACCUCAGGUCCGUGGACUGGUGGAAGGUGGAGCUCAUCUCCUGCUGUUGGACAUGGUCUCAGAUACCUCCAACGCCAAAGCUGCGGUCUAUGCUAUCCAGGAGUAUUUUGAGUUGAAUCCCAAAGCACGCUUGCCUCUCUUGAUCAACGUCUCCCUGAAAGCCGAUGGACGGACACCUUCGGGUCAAAGCUUAGAAGCGUGCGUGGUGAGUUUGCUUCAUGCGCAAGCCCUGGCCUUCGGAAUUGGGGGUGAUGCUGCUGCUUCGAGUAUUCCGCAGCUCUCCGGGACUUGCUCCUGCUGGAUCCAGUGGACAGGUACUGCACCCUCAGACAGCAUCAACAUCUUCUCGCCCAGCGGAUCUAAGCCAAAGGACAUUCAAGACGCGGUGGCGCAGAUGGAGAAAGCGAGCCCAAGAGCCCUUCCCUCGGAGAUCAGCAGCACUUUGCAGCUCAGCAAUUUGGACGCCGUGAAGCCCGCGGAUGGCUUGAAACUUAUUGGGCAGCGCUGCCAUGUGCAGGGCUCGCAUCGCUUCAAGGGGCUGGUGCAUGCGUGCAAAUACACCAGUGACGACGAUGAUAUCUGGGAGGCUGCCUUGGAAGUGGCGAUGAAACAGGCCGAGGACCAUGCGGAUUUGUUGGACCUCAACUUUGAUUCGCCCAACGUCGACGCACCGGAGGCGCUGGGGAGCUGCGGAGCUGGCCAUGGGCAAGUUUGUUCGCAGAUGUUCCCUCCAUCCGAAGCUGGCACAGGUGCCCCUAGUGCACCGCGUCUGCAGGGGAGGAUCAGUUCAGGAAGUUGGAAGGUCAUCGCAGAGGGCCUGAAGAACACGCAGGGCAAAUGCAUCGUGAAUGGCCUCAGCGUAUGCAGCAGCGAAGAGGAGUUCCUGCGGAUCGCGGCGGAGUGUCGUCGCUUCGGCGCAGCGGUGAUCAUCCUGGCCCUGCCGAGACAUGAGGGCGGCUACCCCAACAAAGAGGAGAAGGUGGAGUCGUGCCAGCGCGCCUAUCAGCUGCUGCGCAGCAAGUUGGACUUCCCAAAGGAGGACAUCAUCUUCGACUGCCUGCUGACGCCCGUGGGUUCUGAGGUGCCUGCCUCCGUGAAGGACUUCAUCGAUGCCGUCAGCGAGGUGAAAGGCCUGUGCCCGGGGGUCAGCUUCACCGCAGGCGUCAGCAACCUGAGCCACGGCGCGCGCACGGCUGCGAUGCUCCGGGAGGCCCUGGCCUCGGCCUUCCUCCAGCACGCUGUGCCGAAGGGGCUCAACUUUGCCUUCGUCGAGCUCGGACAUUUGCCGCGCUUGGAUAGCAUCGAAGAGCCCACCAAGAGUAUGUGCAUCGAGGUCAUGAACACACAGGCGCCCGAUGGACCGCACGUCUCGAAGCUGCUGAAUUUUGCCGCCUUCUUGAGCGGCUCUGCCGCGGCGGAGGAGGCGCAGAAAAAGGCGCCGCGCAACACGCUGCAGCGCAAGGACAAGGCAGCUUUAGUGCCUGUGGUUCAGAAACAGACUCCGCCAGAACCUUUGAGACCAUCGCCACAGUUCAUUCAUCCGGUGGAGACUUUGGUGCAAGCCACAGGAACUGUCAGCUCUUCAAUCUUCCAGACCUUUGGAAGUAAAGCCCAUGCUGCAGCCAACUACCACAGGCUGAUCACCGCCACCACCAUCAACAGGACGGUGCAUUUCUCCUCCAUCUCUGUCUACAUGGGUCAAGGUGGUUCAGGUCCGGUGACUGGCGCCAGUGGCAUCAUGGACGGUUUGGCAUUGUGGGAACGUCACCAGGGCAUCAAUCAGUAUUCCACCACAGUCUUGUGGGGUGCCAUCGGAGAAAUUGGUUUGCGAAAGGCGAUUUAUGGAUCUCGAGACGUCUUUGCACAGUUCGACCUGGGUCAGAAGUUGAUCGGCCCAGCAGACACUGCAUUCCUGGAGAAGGCCGUCUGUUUGAACCCUGCGACCUGGGACUUUGUGGGCUUGGCCUAUUUGGACAACACCUGGCAAGAUUCCUUGGCCGGUCGUGGAGCCACCACAGGUCUCCAAGGCCGAAAGACCUUCGUCGAAAAGGCCAAAUUGGAGAGCGACCUCAAAAAUGCAGAGAUGAAACUGCUGGUACUCUAUGAGGAGCUGUUGACCCUGAACGAACUGGAAGAGAAGGAUGAGACGCUGCUGAAGAAAGCAACCAAGUGUCGUCAGGAUAAGACCAGCGUCAUGCACCAGAUCAAGGAAUGUCAGGAUCAGCUCAGUGAGAAGAAGGCGGAGAUUGAGGAGUGGCACACUCAAGAGCAGAACCUGCAGGCUGAGUUCACAGAUUUGGUGGGAGAGAAUUCGCCGUUCCUCAGCGCUUUGCUGAAGGUCUACAAGAAGAAGGUGAAGCGCUCCAAGCGAAAGAAGGGCGGGGAAGAGGAGGACUUCGAUGAGGAUGAGGAGGAUGAAGACGAUGAGGGCAGCGAUAUCGAGAGUGACGAGGAUGAAGAUAUGGAGGAUGAUGACACCGGCCCACCACAGGGCUGUGACCAUCAGAUCUACGAGAGCGUCAUCGAUCUCCGAGAUAAACGUCUGGAGAUGGAGGAUGCUCUGCAAGAAAUCCAGAAGGCUGUCGAGGGGCUGAAGCAGACCCACAAGAAGCUGCUGGAUGACGAACGCCGCAUUGACAAGGAGCAGAAGAUGACGGACGCAGAAAUCCAACAGUUCCAAACCGACAAGCAGCGCAAGCUGAACCAGGUGCCAAUCGUCUUCGCGCUGCGGCUCUCUCAGGUCCAAUGCCUUGCCCCUGAGAGCGAUGCGAUGGAACGAAUGCCCGCUGAGCUCGGCCAACAAGUGAUCUUCACCAACGAGGGGCUCAAGCGGCUGAUGUCACGUAUUACCGAGCUGCACCAGGAGAUCAAAGAGGUGAAAGCCCGACAUAAGCAGCUGCAACGGGACUUCCGGGUGCGGAAGAAGGACAAGAACGUGGCAUUGCAACACAUCGAGGAUCUCCACGGCAAGUUCCAGGAUAUCCAGAUGCUGAAGUUUGGACAGAUCGUUGACUUGGAUCUUAUCGAACGAUCGGCGCCCAACAAGUACGUCCAGGAGUUGCAGGAGAAGGUUCUCCAGGCAGAAGCCGAGCACCGGCGCCGCAUCGCUGAGUGGCAGAAGAGGAUGGAGAAACAGAAGAAGGAACUGACCAAGAUCACCUGCGACAACACCUCCCUGAUGGAGCAGAUUGUCAGUAUGGGCUAUUCACAGAUGCAGUUGGACGCUGCACUGAACGCGCGCAUCGCCAAUGUCACGGUCAACGACAACGAGCCGUUGAAUGAGCUGCGAGAGAUGGAGAGAGACCGCUGCAAAGACUUGCUGUCGCUUCAAUCCAAAGAGAUCGCCACGCUCAAGGCAGAGAUCAAUCUCUUCCGAAAGAAGGGCGGUCACAUUUAUACCACCGUCACCGCCAAUCGCCAGUGA